AUGGAUGCCACAAAACCUCCAAUCCCACUUUCAUAUCGGUUCACCCUUGAGCUCGAGUUCGUUUUAUGCCUGUCGAAUCCUCAAUAUCUUCAAUAUCUGGCGAUGAACUACCCUCAUCUUCUCAACAAACCCACAGCUUCUCACGGUUCCGCCGAUAUUGAAGACGGUGAUGCCGCUCGCUUUGCCCGGUACCUCAAAUAUCUCUACGAAUAUUGGCGAACACCAGCUUAUGUCAAAUAUCUUACCCAUCCCGGCGCGACGCUACGGAAUCUAGAACUACUUCAACAAGAACCAUUCCGGAGAGAUCUUAUCAGACCAGACGUGAUUGGGCAGCUGUUUGAAACCGAUACUGCGCAACAACCUCAGACUGAUGGUGUAGAAAGAAAUCCACCAUUUCGGCAAGGCCCUGCAGAUGACUCUAGUCACGGUAGCGGCUGA